UCUGGGAGAGGGUAGGGGUGCAGCAUGGGCUGCAGGCGGAGAGGUUAGAGCAGGAAGACAUGUUGUCCGAGGAUGGAUCUUGAAAACAAAGACAACAUUGUCCUGGGAGAAGAGAAAUUCCGAUACUUCUGUUUAGAAUUUGUGAAACAUUCCCAAAGUGUAGAGGAUGGCUGGGAGUGGAAAAAUGUCCAGGGAAGUGAUGAUGGAUACUUGAGGAAAUCUUGCUACCAAACAAGACCUGUCAGUUCUGAACAGAAGCAAUGGAAGAAGAGUGAUGAGGAGGAUGAGCAAGCCUCUGCUGUUACCGUGGAUGGUUUCCACGAGGAAGAGGAUGAAAGCUUGGUCAUAGCACAGGAAGCUCAGGAAACAGAAGUGAUUCACUAUGAAUAUCACGUCCUGUACGCCAUCAGCUACCAAGUCCCUGUACUCUACUUCAGAGCCAGCUUUUUGGACGGAAGACCUCUGACACUUGAAGAAAUAUGGAACAGAGUUCAAGGCUGCUAUAAACCUCGGCUGCUGCAUGGACCUUGGGAAACAAUCACACAGCAGGAACAUCCAAUACUUGGACAGCCGUUUUUUAUGCUUCACCCAUGUCGGACCAAUGAAUUCAUGUCCUCCAUUAAAGGAGCCUCAAAAAGAGAAGGAAAUUAUAUUACAACAUGGUUAAGUACAGUAGGACCUGUUGUUGGAUUAUCUUUACCAUUAAGUUAUGGAAAAACAGCGUAAAGGGUUGCCAUCCAUGUUGUACACUGAAAAGACUGCUCAUCCUUCAACGCCUGAACCCAACUCCUGGGAGAUCAGCUUACACUGUACACCAUACUGUACUGUUUAUUAUCUUACAGCAUGUUGAUAGAGUACUGGGGAUACCUAUGCACAGAACUGCACACAGAGAGCCGUGAUAUAAACUUGGCCAAGCUGAAAAUUCUAACAGAGAGUGGAUUGAACCCAAAUGAAGUACAACAGAUGUUAUAAUGUAGACUGCAUGGGUCAUGCAAACACAUCCAUUAUGUUAUAUUCUUUGGGAGAUGUUAUUUAAACAUUUGCAGAUUAAACAUGAAUUAAAUUAA